AUGGGUUGGCACCUUAAACCCUUCAGUGAGGCACCAAGACCCUUCCCCUGCCUGAGAUCUCCUCGCCUGAGAUGGCCAGGAGCUCCUGCGAUGGACAGCCAUAGAAGCCAGCAGCCUCGCCUGUGCCCGGGAAGCACAGCUGUACUUCUGGGUGAUAAGUUUGACCUUGAAAAUCUGAGUGAAGGAACAAAGGGCAUCGUCUGGAGGGCAAAGGGAGAAGAAACAUUUGACAAACACCCUCCUCCUGUUUCACUCCUGCUCCCAAGAGCAAAAUGUUGUCUCCAGAGUGUCAAACGUAAGCAACUCCAUUUGUCCUCUGGCAUCAGAGACUCUUACUUUGGGAUGUCAGAAUCUAAUGAAGACCAGAUGAGCCAUCUAGACUGGUUAGAUGAAGAAGUGAACUUUUACUUGAGUGAAAAUAUCCUUCUGCCUGAUGAAGGAACUCCAGGGGGCAUAGAGUCUGCUGAGCUGUUCUUAGAAGAUCCUGCCCUGUCAUCUCCUGACCAACCAGCCCAGCAUCAGGAUGAAGAAGCUCAGGUGGCAGCAGAGCUGGUUGCCAAGGGGAAUCACAAUCUGAGGUGGAAGAAGCCUUAUGACGUGGGAGCUGGGCUCAAGAACACGGGGAACAGCUGCUACCUGAAUGCUGCCCUGCAGUGUCUGACACACACUCCACCUCUUGUCGACUACAUGCUGUCCCGGGAGCACUCUCAGAAUUGUCACGAAGGAAGCUGCGUGUUGUGUGCUAUGGAACAUCAUGUGUCCCGGAGUCUUCUCCACUCCAGGGAUGUCAUCCAGCCUUCAAAGACGCUGACUGCUGCCUUCCAUAAGGACAGGCAGGAAGAUGCCCAUGAGUUUCUGAUGUUCAUCUUGAAUGCCAUGCACAUAUCCUGUCUCCAAGGAAGCAAGGACUUGGGGUCCACAUCUGAGCACAGCACCCUGAUCUGUGAGAUAUUUGGAGGCUCCUGGAGAUCUCAGAUCAAGUGUCUCCGCUGCCAGGAAACCACAUACAUCUUAGAGCCCUUCCUUGACAUCACCCUGGAUAUCAAAGCAGCUCAGAGUGUGGAGCAAGCCUUGGAGGAUUUAAUAAAGGAGGAAAAGCUGUGUGGGGAAAAUGCCUACCAUUGCGGCCACUGUCAGGAGAAGACGGCAGCUUCCAAGACUCUGACUGUGCAGGAUGCCCCACAGGUUCUCCUGCUGGUGUUGAAUCGCUUCUCAGAGUUCACAGGCGACAACAAGGACAGGGAAGUGAGCUACCCUGAGUCCCUUGAUUUCCAGCCAUACGUAUCUCAGUCCAGUAGCAGCCCACUGGUGUAUACCCUGUAUGCUGUGCUGGUCCAUAAUGGUGUGACUUGUCACAGUGGCCAUUACUUCUGUUAUGUCAAAGCUGGCAAUGGCCGAUGGUAUAAGAUGGAUGAUUCUAGUGUCGACAGAUGCGACGUGACUUUGGUCCUAAGUGAGCCCGCCUAUUUGCUCUUCUACGUCCAGCAGACUGCUCUCAGAAGGGAUGGUGUAGAUGCUCCCAUGGACACAGUAAGCAGGGAUCUUUGCCCAGAACCCCAGGUAGGAACAUCCGGGCAGAGAAUGACCAACAGAGGAUCCCCCAUAGAAAUAAGAGAGCCACUGGAUCUCACAAAGAAAACAGAUACCAACGAUUUCCAGUGGGAUAUGCUUUCUGACUACCCAAGCCUGUGGUGA